AGUAACGCAAGGCAUGAGUGAAAUCUUUGUAUACCAGCUAUAUACUCCUUUCUUCAUCUACACCUGACUUUCUGUUUCGCUACUGAGCAUCUUUUGCUAUCCUACAAUUACAAUGUUUGCACCACUCGGUCUAUUUAAGGACAUACCUUGUCCUGAAGGACAAAAUUGCUUGCUCUUAACCUGCAUCUUCUCUCACAAGGACGUCGCCUCCAAAUCAGCCCUUCACGGAGCCCAUCAGAGCACCGAUGUACCAACGGCAGCCCAGGGCGAGGCGGGUCUUAAGUCUGGCGAAACAGCCGUGCAAUCUAAGGUACAAGCUCCGGGUGAAGAGAAAAUCGCCAGGCCAAAAGACAAGGCAGCGUCUUUGCCUUCUAAAGCAGCUCCCAGUCAAGGUCCCGUGUCAACAACUUCAUCGAACAAGCCAUUCCAGACCAAUGGGCAAGCCAAUGUCAAGCUCCAGUCUUUAUCCAGGGAAGUCACGCCUCCGACAAAGCCAACGUCUUCAUCAGCAAAAGCAAGCGCACCCGGCUCUCGAAAGUCUCUCCCUCCAAGGCAAGCACCACGAGAAAGCCUAAACCCUCGGAUGCUAACGAAAGCACCUGCCCCCCAUGGUGUGCGUUUGGCUAUCCUCACAAAGCUGCAUGCUGGUAUGUCUGCUUUAAAUGACAAAUUGGCCAAAGACAAAGAGAGCCAGGACAAAUACCUGGUUCUUACGCCAAAUGAGCUUAUAACAAUGGCCUUGGAUGAAGAAGAAAAGACCGCAAAAGAAAACCCAAGCAUAUACUCCAAUGUCAUCAAGCUCCGCAUAGUAAAGCUAUCGAAAAUGAGCAAGGAAGACUGGGCCAAUGACGUGAAAGCCCAUCUCAAUGAGCGGUAUUACAAGAUUGCGCCCGGGCCAGAGCAGUCAAAGCCGAAACCUCUUGACACUGGGCUUAGUGCAAAGGAAGAGAUAGCAUUGGCGGGCAAGCUUGUAACACGUCUGGAGGGUCUCGAGCAGUACGGCUACGUUACUAAGCCUCCGACAGACGCUGAAGUGGAAGGUGCCAGGAAAGGUGUUAUUGAAUCCAAGGGAUGGGAAAAGUGCGAUCGAUGUGGAGGAAGAUUUCAGGUCUUCCCUGGUCGUCGGGAGGAUGGAACUUUGACGACGGGAGGACAAUGCACAUAUCACCCGGGGAAACCUCUCUAUCCGCCCAAGAAGAAGACCGAUCAUAUUACAGGGCACAAAGAUGCGUACUUCUCUUGCUGCAACGAGUCGGUAGGGACUUCUGCUGGCUGUACCAAGGGCAAGACCCAUGUCUUCAAGGUAUCGGAAACCAAACGACUCGCCUCAGUACUCCAGUUCCAGAACACCCCGGAGCAAUCUGGCAAAGGACGGCUGCCGCCAGUCUGCUUCGACUGUGAAAUGGGUUACACAACCCUAGGCUUGGAGCUGAUUCGGUUGACCGCUGUUAGCUGGCCGCAAGGCAAGACACUCUUGGAUGUCUUGGUCAGACCCAUCGGUGAAGUCUUGGACCUGAAUUCGCGGUUUUCUGGUGUUUUCCCAGAGCACUACACGAAGGCCAUUCCCUAUGGCAGCUCUGGCUCUCAAGCGAGUUUACCGUUGGAUGACGGGGAAGUAGAUUCGCCUCCAUUGCAGAUUGUCGAGUCGCCUGCUGCAGCCCGGGCGCUGCUAUUUGAAUGUCUUCAACCAGAUACGCCACUCAUUGGUCAUGCGAUCGACAAUGACCUCAAUGCCUGCCGCAUCAUUCAUCCGACGAUCAUUGACACUGUUCUAUUAUACCCACAUCCCCGGGGCUUACCUCUCCGUAUGAGCUUGAAGACUCUAUGCCGGAGACAUCUAGAUCGAGACAUCCAAACUGGAGGCAGCAGCGGCCAUGACUCCAAGGAAGACUCGAUCGCCACGGGCGACCUGGUAAGGGUCAAGGCAGCGGAGACGUGGAAGGUUCUCAAGUCUAAAGGCUGGCGCAUACAUAACGACCAACUUGUGCCUCCACCAGGCGCCGAUGCGGAAGCUGCGGCUGCACAUGGAAGGCUUGGUUCAGGAGCGGGCCAAAAGCGGAGCAGCUCGGCGUUAGGAGAUUGAAGGCACAGCUAUCGACGCCAUUAAUGACUUCUAGUGAUACCCAUUUUAUACGUACUCAAAAUUGUACAACAUGCAACUACGUAAUUUACAACAGAA